GGUCCGACAGGCAUGACGGUGAAGAGAAACUGGGUCACCGAUCGAAAAUCGUUUAUGUCAGAGUUUUGUGGGUUGCUAUUACACAUUACCAGCGCCUUUCAAUGGAGAGACCAAUCUCAUUUCCUAUGCGGGGUAGAUGGGUUGCACCAGCUGUUUGAGGAUCAAAUUAUAUCGGGGCACAGCGACCACAUCAAACCGGAUGAAACUAGGUCAGGCUGAAUCAGAGCAGACUGAGAGCAGACCCCGCUGAUCCAGGCGAGCCCCGGCCCCUUCCAGUUUCAUAUCCAGUUGAGGGCCCAAGAGUGGAUGGAAGGAGAUGAUUUUAACACAGAGGCUGUGAUGAACAUCUGUGAUGACCUGAUGGCAGACCAAAGGAUGGACAUCUCGUCUACAAUGACUGACUUCAUGUCGCCCGGCUCCACCGACAUCAUCUCCAGCUCCAUCAGCACGCCCGGCAUGGACUACACCCGCAAGAGGAAGGGCAGCACCACGGAUUACCAGUGAGUCCCCCAGGAGGAGAGAAGGAAGCACAGAGGAUAUCAGAAAAGAGGAUGAAUCAGGAACAUUUACAUGAUCACAACAGCAGAGAAUUGAUGGCUUCUCCUUUGAUGACAUGGACCCAGACAAAGAUAAACUGGGAGGUGACCAACAGGGCCGGAUUAAGAAUGCCAGAGAGGCUCACAGUCAGAUCGAGAAGCGGCGCAGGGACAAAAUGAACAGCUUCAUCGACGAGCUGGCCUCUCUGGUGCCCACCUGCAACGCCAUGUCCCGCAAACUGGACAAGCUGACGGUGCUGCGCAUGGCCGUCCAGCACAUGAAGACCCUCAGAGGAGCAGCCAACCCGUACACAGAGGCCAACUACAAGCCCUCCUUCCUGUCAGACGAUGAGCUGAAGCACCUGAUAUUAAGGGCUGCUGAUGGUUUCCUGUUUGUGGUUGGGUGUGACCGCGGGAAGAUCCUCUUUGUUUCUGAGUCCGUCUUCAAGAUUCUCAACUACAGCCAGAAUGACCUGAUAGGUCAGAGUCUGUUUGACUACCUUCACCCGAAGGACAUCGCCAAGGUCAAAGAGCAGCUGUCCUCUUCAGACACCGCCCCCCGAGAGCGGCUCAUCGAUGCUAAAACUGGGCUCCCGGUGAAGACGGACAUCCCCCCCGGCCCCUCCAGACUCUGCUCUGGAGCCAGACGCUCGUUCUUCUGCAGGAUGAAGUGCAACAGGCCUUCUGUCAAAGUGGAGGACAAAGACUUUCCCUCCACCUGCUCCAAGAAGAAAGCCGAUCGUAAGAGCUUCUGCACCAUCCACAGCACGGGCUACCUGAAGAGCUGGCCCCCCACCAAGAUGGGUCUGGACGAGGACAGCGAGCCCGACAACGAGGGCUGCAACCUGAGCUGCCUGGUGGCCAUCGGCCGGCUGCACCCGCACAUCGUCCCCCAGCCCAGCCUGGCCGACAUCCGUGUGAAGCCCACCGAGUACGUGUCCCGACACGCCAUCGACGGGAAGUUCGUCUUCGUCGACCAGCGAGCCACAGCCAUCCUGGCCUACCUCCCCCAGGAACUGCUGGGAACCUCCUUCUAUGAGUACUUCCACCAGGACGACAUCGGACACCUGGCAGAGUGUCACAGGCAGGUGCUGCAGAUGAGAGAGAAGAUCAACACCAACUGUUACAAGUUCAAGAUCAAAGACGGCUCCUUCAUCACGCUGAGGAGCCGCUGGUUCAGCUUCAUGAACCCCUGGACCAAGGAGGUGGAGUACAUCGUGUCCACCAACACCGUUGUGUCGUGUCCUAUGAUGGAGGGAUCCGACUACCCUCAGUCUGCGGCCUCCCCACAGAGCAUGGACAGUGCUCUCACCUCAGAGGGAGGAGGGAGGCGGCCCCUGCAGACCGUCCCUGGCAUCCCUGGGGGGACGAGAGCAGGAGCCGGGAAAAUAGGACGCAUGAUCGCAGAGGAGGUGAUGGAGAUCCAGAGGAUCCGAGGCUCCUCCCCCUCCAGCUGUGGCUCCAGCCCUCUGAACAUCACCAGCACCCCCCCGCCGGACACCUGCUCCCCAGGGGGCAAGAAGAUUCCGAACGGAGGGGCACCUGACCUGCCGAGCACUGGGAUCCUUCCUGGACCUGACUCAGUGGGCUACCCCUACUCCAACCAAUCCAUCAUGAGUGACAACUCCCACCUGAGUAUAGACAUCAUGGACGAGCCGGGCUCCAGCAGCCCCAGCAACGACGAGGCGGCCAUGGCGGUCAUCAUGUCCCUGCUGGAGGCCGACGCCGGGCUGGGGGGACCCGUGGACUUCAGCGACCUGCCCUGGCCUUUGUGAGGAAUCUGGGGGAGGGGGGGAGGCAGGGACUCCGUCAGCAGAGCCGUGGAGAGAGUUCAGGCAGGGUGAAGUCUGGCUGUCCCCCCCCCCCUGACCACACAGCAGAGACAUCAUCUAACACAUGUAUGGUCCAGUAGAGAGGUUGCAGAACUGCAGGAGGGUUUUUCAGUCUGAACACUUCACACCUGCACUUCGUUCAUCAUUCCUUGUAGCUGAAGGACUGACCCUGAAUUUCAUCAGGGUUUUUAUACAGCGAUCCUCCGAUGUGUUAGGAUGAUCCUUUCUGCAGUGUUGGCGUCUGCACACUGUAUCAGCCUCGGGGGGUGGGGGGGGUCUCCAGGACACAGUGCUCACGGUGGUUGACUGAACUCUGUCUCACUCUGGCUCUGGCCCCCUCCCUGUCGGCCCCCUCCACACCAACACAGGACUCUGAGGCGUUGACUAACACUGGUUGAAGUUUGUUGUGGGGGGGGGGGGGGGAAUCGCCUCUCUAAUACCUCAUUCACACCAACGGUGUUUCAGUGCCGGUUCGGAGCUGGAGCUUGAAAAGCACCAGAUUUUCCUCUUCACACCAGCAGCGGAGCAGCCUCUUAGCUCCGGAAUCCGGUUAGUUUCGAGCACCAAAAAUGUUUCCUGCCAGAGCAAAAGCACCACAUACGUCACGCUUACGUCGAGGCGGGGGCGGGGGCAGAUCAACUCCUGAACAACAACAAAAAGCCCGCGUUUUAUCCAGUUUGUACAACGAUGGAGAAACUUAACAAGAGUUUCAGAGUUUCAGUGUUUCUGCCAUAGACUGUAUAUAUAAAGGUUUCUGCUC